AUGGGGAAAUCUGAUAGUUCUAUCUGCAUUUGGCAAUCAUUAGCAGUUUCCAGAAAUGCUUUAAUGGAAAGAGCGGCUACAGAUGGUGUUGAUGGUAACAAUAGAUUGAAAGUUGCUCCAAUUAAAAAACCAGAUUUAAGUACAAAGAAGGAAGAAGAAACUGUAACAACGAUUGAUAUUUCUAAAUAUAAAAAGAAUGGAAAAUGGACAAUAUUACCACUAUCUGUAAUACCCAAACUUAGCUUGCCUGAUUUAUCUACUAUUUAUCAUAGAUAUUUAGAUCAAAAUAUACAAUAUGAGUGUAAAGAUAGACUAAGAAUGGGUAAAAUAACUGAUGGUGGAUGGGAUGUUUGUGCAGAUGAACCUUACAGACCAACUAAAGAUGGUUUCGUUUAUUCUUUUGGGGUUCAUCCUUGGGUGAUUACGAACACUCAUACCAAGAUUUGUCGAAAUUCGUCAAGAAUUGUGUCUUGUAGAGUGUAUACGAGCAAUUGUGGACGGACGGACCGUUGGACGGACGGACGGACAUGGGUGACGGCAAUAUACUUUGUGUUCCAUAGAAAAUUUCUGCUGACACGGAAUCCGCUAGUUGAUCACGUGACUUCAUUCGUUGGAUUAUAUUCUAGAGACGACACUUGGAAUUCCGAUUACCGCUCGGGAUUAUAA